CCUCCCCUACGGCCCCACCUCCACCACUCGUCUCGCUCUCCGUUUGGCUUUUGCCAUCACCACUCUGCUUGCUCUCCCCCCGCCGAGCAGCGCUUCCCGUUGCAGGGUAGCCUCCGCGUUCCCGAGAGAAGAGGUCGAGGGAGCCUGCGCGGGGGGCUCGCGUCUGGAGCUGGCUACCCACCACCAGGGUCAGGGAGCGGCCUCGCCGCGCCCGCACGAGGCGGCGGAGCUGGCCGCCCUCGGGGGGACGGAGGAGUCGGAGGAGCAGCGCAACCGCUUCCUGGCGCUGCGCCUCUACGAGGCGCUCAACGCCCGCGACGCGCGCCGGGCGCAGGAGCUGCUCGCGCCCGACCUCGAGUGGUGGUUCCAUGGCCCCCCCGCGCGCCAGCACAUGAUGCGCCUCCUCACCGGCGCCGAGAAAGGCAGCGGCGGCUUCGUCUUCUCCCCGCGCUCCGUCGACGCCUUCGGGUCCACCGUCAUCGCCGAGGGCGCCGACGACGCGCGCCAGCUCUACUGGGUGCACGCCUGGACCGUGGGACCCGAUGGGGUGAUCACCCAGCUCAGGGAGUACUUCAACACCGACCUCACCGUCACCCUCCUCUCCGGCGCCGCCUCCGCCAAGAACGCGGCAAUUGCAGCCGCUCCUCCGAAGCAGGACGCCGCGUCUUCCUCCUCCUCCUCUUCCUCCUCCGCGCCCUCCGCGGGCGCCUCCUCCUCCACAGGCCCCAAGUGCCUGUGGCAGAGCCGCCGCGCCGACCGCGCGCACAAGUCGCUGCCGGGCCUCGUCCUCGCCAUCUGAUCCGCAUCAGAGACGGCAAGAGCGACCUGAUCCCCUCCAUAACUAAUCCAAUAAACCACCCGAAAUUACAUAGUAUUAGCGCAUAAAUAAUCUGCAACUGGUCUAGCCUUUUAUCAGGUAAUGAUCAAAGCCAAUCAGUCGUUGAAGGCGUAUGCGUAUGGUCUGAACUGAAACUGCUCCGAGUUGUGGGGUCCGUUACCAGUUGCAUUGCUUAGCGUGUGUGUUGGAUUAGUAGUGUGAUAAGUCCAAGUCAUGGACUAUGGUGUGUACUGCUGCCAUUACUACUACUGUGAUGGUCUAUUAUGGUCUGAUGAAAGUGAUGGUAUGUUGUGGUCGAAUGUAAGUUGCUUGAGUUGGAGGGUUAAGCAAUUGGCUAAUGUGCGUGUUCGGCAUUC